UUUGUUCGCCGGUCAUGUGACGAGUUCACGCUAGGAAGUGACGUAGCCGUGGGACGGCGUUAGUGUGACAGACGUACCAGUGGAGCUUGGGUCUGACCUGAGGAAGGAUUGUGGGGCUGAGGCAAAAUACCUGCCCUGUCAUGGGCGGCAGCGCCUCCAAGGCCCGAGGGCUGUGGCCUUUCUCCUCAGCGGCAAGUGAGGCGCCGCCAGGCAACGCGGAGCAGAGUCUGUCCCGUAUGCGGAAGGCCACCCCAUUUAUCUUCACCCGGCGCGGCUCUAUGUAUUUUGAUGAGGAUGGAGAUCUGGCACAUGAAUUUUAUGAAGAGACGAUUGUGAUGAAAAAUGGACGAAAACGGGCAAAGCUGAAGCGAAUUCAAAAGAACUUGAGACCUCAGGGCAUCAUCAGGUUAGAUCAUCCAUGCCUCCAUGUGGACUUUCCGGUUGUAAUAUGCGAGGUCUGACGAUGGCUGACAACCGCUGCCUGCCAUGUUGUUCCCUCUUCUACCAACCUCUGUGCCCAUUGCUGUGCUCCUGAGAUAGGGAGCAGGAGGAGAGUAAUGGGAAAAACACAAGGACAGUCCCAUACAGAGACUUUAGUACUGUCUGUGCAAAGAAGUGACUGAAGAUGUGUGAUAGAGACAGGACUUUCACACUUCACUGCUGUGGGGCACAUGGCCUUUCUUACAGGAUCACUCCUAGGGUGUGCUGUAGAGCUGCUACUAAGGAAUUUCCUGUAUCCAGUGGGUGUAGUUGGUGUUUGCCACCCCUUAUGGUUUUUUGCUAACCAGAAAAGAGGUGCCUGUACCACCAGCCUUCCUUAUUGCUGCCAGGGAGAGUGGUUCAGGUUCAUAACCUUUCUGUCCUAAGUAGAUCAGGCGCCAGCACAUUAAUACUUUCUGCACUGCAGCAGCCUUCUCACAGGUUCACCAAAACCUUACUCCCUGUAGUACUCAGUGGGUUUCUGAAACCCAGCACACAUGUCUCGCGAGGAGUAUGGUUACAGCAACAAAUCAGGGAUGUCCAAACUGUGGGUCCCCAACUGUUGUGCAGCCACAGAAGGCUGCUGAGAGCUGCAGUUUAACAACAGCUGGUGAUCUGCUGGUUUUACAUCCCUGUCUCACAUGGUAGAUUUUUAUUUUUCUUGCAUUAAAUUAACUAUAUCAUAGCUGCCUAGUUCCACAGAUGCUGUCUUCUGCAUCAGUCUGCUCGUACUUGAGUGUAUCAAGCACCAAGUGACAAAAUGUGAUGUAUAGUAGGAUUCUGUUGACGCACACCUAGCAGCUCACUGCACUGGGUAGGAGCAUUCAUUGUUUUCUGUACAAGCAAUGCAAUGGAUCUCUGGCAGUUGGCUUGGCCAUGGGAGAUUGCGCUAGGAUUAUCAAGCAAAUAAGUGUGUAUGUGAAACUUGCUCUAUAUAUGUUAAUUUAUUACCUUUUGUGUUUUUGUUUGUGUCCUGUAUGCCUCAUGUAUUGUCUUUGCCUUGGUCUCACUGUUGCGCCUCACACAGCUUGUGUAAGAGACUCCGCAGGAAAAUACCAGGUGCACAGAAUACAUAUCCCCAAUAAAAUCCAUCUUUGUAAUACUAA